AUGGGAAGCAAUGGUGAUGAUGUAGGUGAGAAGUGCGAUAGGACUAGCGUCCCUCAUGGUGCUAACUUCAACCAUCUUGAGACCGUUGAUGAGCUUCCUGAGGAGCUAAAGCAGCAAGUGGAGGCCAAGUUCAACGCCGUUCUGUGGGCUUUUCUUCAAAGUUGCACUAAAGAUCGGCGGGACAAGGUCACCCAAUACAAGGAGCCAGACUUCAGCGAGUUGAUCACUUCUACGUCAUCUGCACCCGCUACACCUGAGGUAAGGACCAAUGAACCCAAGUAUGAUGAUAUCGUUGAUCCUUAUCCUACGCAUGCCAAUUACGCUACUAUGAUGGAUGAUCAUAAGAAUGUAAUAGAUAAUAACCUUUUAGCUACAAUGAAUAUGAUCAUGGCUCGUUUUGAUAAGUUGGAAAGGAAAACAACUGAUGGGAAUCAAUCGGGUGUUGCUUCUUCUUCUAAACAACCUGAAUUUGGCAUGCCUUUGAAUUUUUAUGAUAAUCAAGGAUUAUAUGCAGCAGCAAACAAAGGCAAAUCGGCCUCUUCGGCACUUGAAACUAAUAAGGCUGGUUUAGCCAGUAGUGCUCCAUCUUCACAAUUAGUUAUCUAUGAUCAAAAUUCGGCUUGA